AGCUACAGAAAGAAAUGGAAAACACUUCCAUGCCCGCCGUUUGAAACGUGCAUUCUGAACUACGGAAAGAAAUGGAGGUGAUGGAGAAACAACACUUCAUCUUUCUGGAGCUGAGACAACGGCUGCAAAGUGGCCUCCUCGUUAUACGGAGUGAUGCUGUUGAAGACAGAGCUGAGAUAAAUGUGUCUAGUGGAGACUCAGCCCUUAAAAUUCGAGCACCUGAUGGGGAGUAUCAAGUGAAGCUGACACCAGGGGUCAGUCUAGUGGAAGGGUCAUGUCAGAAGAGUGCUGAAGUGAAUGAUGAUGAGUUGCAUAUCAGAUUGCGGUUGAAGGUGGACCAGUAUUCAGAGGCUUCAGACAGUGUGAUUGAGCGCUUGAGAGCACAGGAGAAGUAUUGUUUUCUGUGCCAGUCCUGCGGGGCAAUGCUGCUUAAAGACAGAGUUUUCAGACGAGUUCUCCCCCUACCUAACGGGAACUGGAAUGCUUUAGUGGAUGAUUGGUGCUGCCAUCCCGAUCCCUUUGCAAACAAGAAGCUUCUCCCUCAGGAAGAGGACUGCUUACUUGGAGACACUUAUUUCCUGUUGACCCAGGAUAGCAGUUGCGACCAAAGUCUUGCACAGGAAGUGGACCUAUCCAAUGUAAACCCUGGCUCUAAUCAGCAUUCGGGGAAGCCACCUGGCCACAGGAAUGUGGGGGUCUUCUGUAAGAAGUGCUCUGCAGUGUUGGGAGAGGCAGUCACGACAGAGGUGGUAAAAUUCUAUAUUACUCAAGUGGUGGUAACACAGAGUGAUGGACAGAGCAUGAUUGCACAACCCAGACAGGAGUUUUUAGAGAGAGCCCUUGCUUCAAGACUCUUCGAGCUGUCAUCCGCUCAAAGCAUAUUCCGCUUUUCCAUCCAGACCCCAGGUGGCAAAGCUAUGAUCAUGAUCUGGCUUCUGAACACGGAUACUCUGAUUGCUUCAUUCUCUGAGAAAGCCAGGAGCAGUGACAGUCUCAUCUCCAGCAGUGACCGCCAUCUUGAUGAGCAUCAAUCAUGCCAGGCAGUUUGUGCAAGCAAAGUCCUUUACCUCCCCUGCACUCACAGCAAGUACCAGGACGCGUAUCGUACAUGGACCCAGGUUUUUCAAGAUCACACGCAGACUCCUACGCUUCUACUUACACCUACAGCUCCUACCCAGAAAUACUCGCUCAUCCUCUCAGGAGCGGCACCACAAGUGAUUCCUGUGACCCAACGAUGCUUAAGUGAUCCAAAGAGGACUGGUGGGUGUGCACGCGGCACCCCUUUGUCUAUCUGACACAAGCAGGUCAUUACGACUCCAGCUUGUGUCAAUUCUGAGAGAUUUUGUUCUUGUGCUUUGCAGAGAGAACUGUUCUGACAGCUGCUCUCCCUCACAGACAGAAUCAGUCUAAUUUGCAAGGUCUGCUUUUCUGAGCUGGCCACAUUAUGAGUCUGGUCGAAGAGGGUCCGUGCUCUGUUUACUGCUUAAUUGUGCCAUACACACUGCAGCUGACUGGA